UUCCAGCAGUCUGCCGCGGUCGCGGUGAAACGAUCGGGAACCCCUGCUGAAACUGAAGAGGAGCUGGCUAAUUAUGCGCUCCUUCCCCAGGCGAAAGUGUCUCGGAGCUGCGUUGCAAUAACUCUGCGGCUCUGCCUGUGCCUCUUUGUACACAGACUAACCCCCAGCAUUGGCUGGAGGAGGGUGCCGCUUCUGAUCCAGAUCCGCCACACGAGCUGACAUCAGCUGGAAGGCACCCCACGCUGUCUGGAGAGCUGAUGGACAGGUUACGAAUCAUCAAACGUAGACUGUCGGUAUCUCUACGCAGCAGACGGCCUCUUGAUGACUCCCUCUCCCAGCUGGCUGAGCAGAUCAGUUUGGAGGAGAAUAACUCGAAGGACAAUGGUAUCGUGCACGAGACUGUGAAGGCCGGUUCGGACGGUGAGAGCGACCAGAUCUCUGGCACAUCCUCAGACGAGGUCCAGUCACCUGUCGGGGUGCGAUUGAGAGCUCGCCAUCACCAACGCAUUUCUAUAGAGGAUGCGACCAAACGUCUCUCCCUUCCUGCGGACCUCCGCCUGCCAGAGGCGUACCUCGAGAAAUUUGCCACAAACAGUGCCCCGUUUGACAAGCCCAUGAGCCGCCGUCUACGCAGAGCUUCCCUGUCAGAAAUUGGGUUUGGCAAACUGGAAACCUAUAUCAAGCUGGAUAAACUAGGAGAGGGCACAUACGCCACCGUUUUCAAAGGCAGGAGUAAGCUGACAGAUAACCUGGUUGCACUAAAAGAGAUCCGCUUAGAACAUGAGGAGGGGGCACCCUGCACAGCCAUUCGAGAAGUGUCCUUACUGAAGGAACUCAAACACGCCAACAUUGUGACGCUACAUGAUAUCAUCCACACUGAGAAAUCAUUAACACUGGUCUUCGAAUACUUGGACAGAGACCUGAAGCAGUAUAUGGAUGACUGUGGGAACAUAAUGAACAUGAACAAUGUGAAGAUUUUCCUCUUCCAGUUACUAAGGGGCCUGGCUUACUGUCAUAGCCGUAAAGUGCUGCACCGAGACCUGAAACCUCAGAACCUCCUGAUCAGUGACAGGGGAGAACUCAAGCUCGCUGACUUUGGAUUGGCUCGUGCCAAGUCUGUUCCUACAAAGACCUACUCAAAUGAAGUGGUGACGCUGUGGUACCGUCCUCCAGAUGUUCUCCUGGGCUCAACAGAGUACUCUACACCCAUUGACAUGUGGGGCGUUGGCUGCAUAUUUUAUGAGAUGGGAACAGGCCGUCCAUGUUUCUCAGGAUCCACGGUCGAGGACCAGUUACAUUUGAUAUUCAGGAUUCUGGGAACUCCAACUGAGGAGACAUGGUCAGGAAUCUCGACUCACGAACAGUUCAGCGCCUAUCAUUUCCCGAGAUACAAGGCAGAACCUCUUAUCAACCACGCCCCCAGGUUGGACACUGACGGCAUUGACUUACUUUCCAAACUACUUCAGUUCGAAGGCAAGCGCAGGAUCACCGCACACCAAGCUGUCCGGCAUCACUACUUCCAAAGUUUUGGACCGGCAAUCUUGGAGCUGGAUGACACUAGCUCCAUAUUUACACUGCAGAAUAUCCAGCUGCAGAAGGAUCCGGGCUAUCGGAAUGUGUACUUCGACUCAGCAAUGAAGAGCAAGAGCAGGACCUGAGUGGCUUUUAUACCACAGACCAGCCCCCUUCAGCUUUCAGGAAGGACAGAUGUCUGAGCAUGUUGUUUCAAUUCAAUAGACCACCCCCAGAUUGUGAGAGUGAGCAGCGACCAGCUUGACACAGCCAGCGAAGGAUGUGUGCUCCAGUCACAGCUGAGCUUGUCGGGACCAACUGAUGACUCACCGUGUGUGAGAGAGCUGACAGGGACACGCUCACUUGUAUCUGUAAACUGCACUGGCAAUUAUCCCGCUUUCACCAAUCAGGCCGAGCCAUCAAAGAGGAAAAGCCACACAAAAAAACAAAAAGCAAAGUCCGGUCUCUGGCUCUAACACUGCUACUUAGGGGCUCCUGUAUUUCAGGGUCUGCACGCUAUUUUGAUCGGGGUGGUGCACACAUCAUUCAGCAAUUCACAGAGCACAGCUAAAAGUGCACUCAGUCCUGCCCAGUGGCUGUCAGUGGGACCCAUCUUCAAAACAACGGCAUUACAAUGAAAGACCAUCAAGAGGAAUCCCAUUAAAUGGUUAAAAAUUUGAGGUAUUCCAACUCUCAGUGCGUACAAGAGUUUGGAAGACCACUUCAUGGAUUCUGAACCCAGUCUGGUCAAUAGAAGACCCCAAGCGCUAGGGGUCCAGAUUUCCUGCCUGCCUUCUGUGCGCUCGGGACAAACUGAACCAAAAGUAAUAGAUCAGCGAGAUUAAAUGUGAGCAGUGUCUCCACAAAGACCAUUUACCAGAAAGUUUAACCGGACUGAAUAUUAAAUGUAAUUACACCAUGUGCUGCCCACAACACAGAUAAUGCCCAGUUCACACACUGAGGGGUCACCAAGUACACUGCUUCUGCAAGGAGAGAUACAUGGCCUUACCUUUGAAGCAACACUGCGGUGAAUUAGCACCACCCUGAUGGCAUGUUUCUGGGCCAGGUUCUUUGAGGGAUUUGCAGAUGUUUGAAACCAGGUUCCUGAUAGGUGCAGGAGUUGCCUUCCUCGUGAACACGACUUCAUUUUGGUAGUGAACAAUUUCCUCUUGUAACAUUAAAAUAUCAAACUGCAAUAAA